AUGACGCACUUCCUCCGGUCGUCGUCGUCUUCUUCCUCUUCGGUGAGGUUCGUCGACCUCGCUCUGUCGACAACCGGGCCACGCUCCCUCUCCUACGUUCACCAGAACCUCAAGUGGAUCAUCCGCGAGCACGUCCUCUCCCUGAUCAAAGAGUUCCCCACGCUCUCCCCUUCCUCCGACCACUUCACCCAGGAGGACGGCAUCACAUUCCACCUCCUCUGCGUCCACGGCGGCCUCCCCUUGGCCUGCUCCCGCAGCGCCCUCGUCGCCAUCUGGUUGCAUCAGAGCUACCCUUUCGUUCCCCCGAUCGUCUACCUCUCCUCCGCCUCCGCCGCAGAGAUCGACCGCUCCAACCCUCUGGUGGACGCCUCCACCGGUGCCGCAAGCACCCCCUAUCUAAAGACCUGGCAGUACCCCAAUUCCAACCUCUGCGACCUCGUGAGGAACCUCGUGUACGUCUUCACCCAGUGGCCCCCCUUUGUAAGCUUCGGUCCCUCUCAGAAGCCCAUCGCCGAUCCACCGCCCGGAUGGGCUUCUCUUGCCUCGAAGAGGGAGGCCACAGACCGGCUCUACGUCUCCCUCAGCCGCGAUGUGGGGGUCUUCAAAGCACAGACGGACAAGGAGAUCGAAUCCCUGGUGAGCAUCCAGGGAAAGCUGAAGGAGCGUACGUGGACCGCCAACAGAGGCCUCGAGGGGCUCGUCAAGGAGAAGGAGAAGCUCAGCGGGAUGGUGGUGAAGAUGGAGGAGAGGGCCGACGUGGUGCGAAGCUGGCUGUGGGCGAACAACUCGGUGCCCCCCGCUGUGGCGGAGGCCGCGCCGGAGGAGGUGUUCGAAGUGAUGGACGACAAGUCCAAGUUCGUGUUGAAGAACGAGGCCGAGUCCCUCGCCAUCGACGACGUGGUGUGGGUUCUAGACGAGGCGCUGAUGAAGAGGACCGUGGAGUUCCAUGGCUACAUCAAGCAGGUGAGGGUACUCUACAGGGAGCAGUUCUUCCACGCCGCCAUGCUGAACAAGCUGCAGCAGCAAUACUGA